CCUCCACAAGCCACAGAUCGCCAAGUCUCCGCCUCUCUCCACGCGUCUUGACAAGUCACCAUCUCCGCUCUAGAACUGGCAGCACGCUCUAGAACGCUCGGCGCUGUUCAUCCGGUCGCAUGCGAAUGGUUCCGGCCAAGAAGUACGUCAUGCAUACUGAUCAGGCUUCAACAGCGAAGGCUUAGUGUUUUUUGCGUUGAUGCAGUGGUGCGUAACUUCAAGAAUUCUCAGCUUGGCGGAGCAGGAGAGUGGACAAUAUAAGGAUGCCGUGGACCCCGGACGAAAAGGAAUCACAUCCACAAGACCUUUCAGCUACAACAAGUUCAGCAACUCUCACAUCUACGACCUUUGUUAUCAUUCACAUCAGACCACAAGAAUAAGCCAAGAUGGUUCAGCAUCACCCCGGCGCGUUUGCCUCGAAAGAAAACAUCGACUCAACUUGGGCAUUGACAACACACCUCCUCUCUGUCUCUAUUCCCCAACUCAAGCGCACAACCACGGCACCGUUCCUCGCACGCGCAGCACAAGGCCAACUUCCUAAGCCGCUGAUUGCAGAAUGGCUCGCCAACGACCGCCUGUAUAUUCAAGGCUACAUCUCACUAGCCGAGAACCUCGUGCGCGUAGUUGAGUCCACAUCAACCGCUACCCGUGCGACAGCAACAACCGUCGACAUUGAGUCCAUCGAGUCACGGCUUCUACGCUGGCUUGAUGCCGCCAUCGUGAACGUGAAGCGAGAGUUUGAGUGGUUCGACGAGAUGACAUCCUCUUACAACCUCACCGCACCCAGCCCCUCCUCUACCCAGAAAUCCCUCGGCGUACAGCGAUUUGAAGCACUCUUCUCACAGCUCUCCGGCCAAUCACCUAACACCUUCCUCCCUUGGCUUGAGGGUGCCGUCUGUCUCUUUUCAACCGAGAAAGUUUAUUACGAAGCCUGGAGCUGGGCACGUAAACAGGACCGCCGUCGCUCCGCUGACGCCGGACGCAGCCGCAGUCGCUCACCCAACCCAGCGACCCUAGACUAUUCGCGCGAUCUCGACGGGGGUGCUAUGCGAAAAGAGUUUAUCCCCAACUGGUCGAACAAGAAUUUCAUGAUGUUCGUUGAGACGCUGGAGCGCAUUAUCAACGAGGGCGUUGGUCAGGCAGUCGGGCGAGAUGACAAGAGGUGGCAGGAAGUCAAGUCUAGGGCGGACGCAGUAUGGCAGGCGACGUUGGACGCGGAGGAGGCGUUUUGGCCGGAGGUGGAUGCGAUCGAGGCGAACAACGCGAUCGGAGCGAGCAGCGUGGACGAGAGUAGCACAAGCAGAGCAACCAACAGCACAAGCCACACGGAAGUGCGCGGCUUGCUCGGCGCCAAAGAAGGCAGUCUACUUGAACCCAAUACGCGCAGCUACGAUCGCGACGCGCGAUCGCACGCCGGAGGCCAGGAGACCAUCUAUGUGCCGCACGUAGGCAGUGUGCCACGCGCAGUGUAGGUCGAGCCUUGGACAUCUGUUCGUGUGGUUCUCUUCUCGAAGAUCUGAUUCAGCUGCUGGCUUGGUAAUUUGUUAGCACUUCCGGAGAGAAGAUAGAAUAUUGCAUUCACGAUUUACUCCCUCA